AUGCUCUUCGGCCCGCUUCUCCUCGCCCACGUCGACGACGAUGACUACCUCGACAUCGUCAUCGCCAUGGCUACCACCGCCGUACCAACCAAUGGCUCGUUGUGGCUCUAUCCUGGCUCGCCCGAUCCGCUUGUUUUUGAUACGCCUCCCACCCUGCUCCUCGGGAGCCAUGCCGCAAACGACGUCCUCGUCUCGUGUGAUCCGCAGUACUACCACUGGGCCGCCGCCGUCGUCGCUGACAACGCCGAUGGUCUCUAUCUGGUCUUCCGCCACUCUGUCACCGACCCCGUUGGUAUCCACUUGGUUGCGCUCCACUUGGCCUCGCCGCUUCCUGCCCCUCCUUCACUCUCCUUCACCGUCCUGCCUGACACUGCAGAGUCUUCGCUCUUCUCCGGCACCAUCGUCGCUGCGAUGGGCCCGGCCUCUGUCGCCGUCGGCCUUGGAAACACGCUCACCAUUGUUGCUCUUCCACUGGCGCAUCCUCCGCCGAUGCUCCCAAUUUCCUGGCCGGCUGCCUUCUCGGCUGCAACCAUCACCUCGCUCACUGUUGCCGAUCUCGAUAGUGACGGAGCCCUUGAUCUGGUCGUCGGCGGCAUCGCGAGCUCCGAUCCGUCGACGGGCUUCCUCGCUGCCAUUCUCAUGUCCCCCCUGCCCGCCUCGCUCGUUCCAGUCAUCGUCGCCUCGAUCAACAACAACAACUUUGGCUCGUUCUCCGCACCCAUCGCCCUCGCACCCUGGCGCUCCCCGCGUCCGUACACCACUACCUUUGCCUUUGCCACUGUCGCCGGCGUCUUUACAGACUCUGCCGCCCCGGUUGUCUUCACGUUUGACGUCAUCUCCGCUCCCGAAACCCGCCCACGCAUCCGCACUCUCUCCUCCCUCGUUGUCAUCCACCAAUCCGAUGCGACGAUGAUGUCGCCGCCGGCCUUUGCCGUUCUCCCCGCUUCGCUCACCACUACGUCCGCCGUCCCGUCGCUCCUCGCCGUCCAGUGUAUCGUCGCUCAGCACAUUGGCUACGUGCUUCACCUCCACGCUGUUGUUCCGCCGCCGCUCCUCUCACCCAUCCCUCUCCUCCUCCCAUCCGAUCUCGCUGCGGCCAAGAUCCCCACCUCCACUUCAGCCGUCGUCGUCGGUCUUGUCGACGCCGACACUGAGCCCGACCUUGUCGGUCUCACAUUUGGCUUUGGCAUCUUUACCUGCAUCAACACGCUCCAUGACUUGUCUCAAGAUGCGCCCUUCCGCUGCAUUACAGGUCCUUCACUUGUCCAGGAUGCCAUCUCUUCCAUCAGCGACGCCGCCAUCGCCCUUGUUGAUCUUACCGGUGACGCGGUUGUCGACCUCCUCGUCGCCAUCAGCGCCAUCGAUACCAGACCCGGUGCUCUUCUGUACGCUGCCAACCUCGGCCACGGCGUCUUCGCCGCCCCUGUCGCCAUCAAACAGCUCGACACCCUCCUCGACGCCACCGCUAUUCCUGGCCGCCUCUUCUAUAAUGCUCCCAUCGAGACCCUCUUACUCGCCCACACCUUUCCACUCUACUCGCUUGCACUGCUGCGAGUUGCCGCGCCGGUCAUGGAUCCAUCGCGCCUAGUCGUCACCCCUGUCGACCUUGGCGUCGAUCUCAGUCCCAUCGCUGUCUCCGCCAUUGUCGUCGCGCGUAUUGCAGGCUCCCGCCCUGGCACCGCAGACGUCGUCGUCGCCGACCCAAUCUCUAAUGCUAUCGUCCUCGUCUCCAACCCGGGCACGCCAGGCCUCACCUGGUCGUCAUCCUCGCUCGCGCCAGCCACAGGCUCCGUCAUCGGACUCGCCGCCGGUCCGCUCGACCCGCCCAUGCCCGGCUCUGACCCGCUCGACGACAUUGCCAUUCUGGAGCAAGCACUUGCGCCAGGCGGGGACUUUCGCGUCCGUGUCCUCCUCUCCUCGCAAGCGCGAUCCUCUCCGCUGCAGCGCAUCCUCACCCUUCCGCCCUCGCUCGCGCACACCGGCCUUGACUGCGCCGUCGUCGACAUGCUCCUCGUCGACCCACGGAACUGGCUCGGCAACGACAUCAUCGCCCUCUGCAAAGACAUUGUUGUCGUCUGGCCGUCGCAUGGAGCCAACGCUACCUUUGCGGCUUCCUUUGUCGUCUCCGCUGCCACACAUCUCAUCCUCCCCAACACCAUCAGCCUUGCCCUCAGCGACUUUGACGGCAACGGAUGGCUCGAUCUGCUCUUGGUCGGCUUCGCUCAAGAUGGGCCGUCGUUUGACCUCUUUCUCCACCUGCCGUCGCCCUGGCUGGACGAUCCGUUCCCGGACACCUUUGUCGCCGUCCCGCCAAACACCGCCGCAUGUGCCUCGCCGGCCUCCUUUGCCUGCCUCGCCCUCGCCAUGUCUCGCUUCUCCCGCUGCGCUGUCACCACUGCCGUCGUCACCUCCUCAUUCACCGGCUGUCCAACCUCGCGACAUCUCGCGCCCUCGCGCUCGGGUGUUCUCCUUGGCGACGCGCCGUCUGCAGGCAUCGCCUGCUCCUCCGCUGGCGGCGUUGUUUUUGACGUCGCGCAGGGCAUCGACCUCACGUUGACCUCGCUCGCGCUCAGCGGGGCCUCGUCCAUCGCCGCUAUCAACGGCGCGGCCCCGCUGCGAAUCGCCGGUAUCGACGCCAGGCUCGAGCUCCACAACACAACUGUCGAUGCCUUCUUCAACAGCGGCACCCUCACUUCUUCUAUCCGCUCGCUCGGAGUGGGCUACGGCGGCAUGGCACUGGUGCUCGACGGCGGGACCGUAGUCAUCCGCAACUCGUCGAUAUCCUACUGCUCGGCCUCGGCCUCGGGCGGCGUCGUUUACGCCGUCUCCAGCUCGGCGACAAGUCCGUCGUCAGUCAUUGUCUCCAACUCGUACCUCUCCAACAACCAGGCCCCCAACGGCGCCACUUUUGCGGUGGGUAGCCACGCGAAGGUGUCCAUCACUGCAUCGCGGGUGAAGAACUCGCUAGCGUCGGUCGCUGGUGGCUUCAUCGCCGCCGAUGGCCACGGCGUCAACAUCUCCGUCUCGGGCACGGUAGUCGAAGCCACUGCCGCAUCCAUCUGGGGCGGCGUCUUUGCUUUGGUUCCGGGCGCCCGCCUCGUCGCCACCGACAACACCUAUGUCGGCAACUUCGCCAUUCUCGGUGGCGUGCUCGGUGUUGCUUCCCGGACAGUACUCGACGGCGUCGGCUACCAGAGCAACUUCCUUCCCAUCGCCCUCCCGCACUUCCGCGACAUCCGCGCCACCGAGUUGGUCCUCGACGGCGCCGUCUUGAUAGCCAAUCGUGCUGUCUACGGCAGCCUGGUCUUUGCCUGCGGCGCCUCAUUCUCCGUCACAGGACCAGUCGCGGGCUCAGGCAACUCGGCGUCGUCGGCAGGCUCGGUCGCCAUGGCCUGCCCGCCGCACAAUGCGUCAGCUACCAUCACACUCGCAGACUUUGUCAUCGCUCCGCCCUCUACUCUUGCUGCUCUCGGCGCUACCUCCACCUCGCUCACCUGGGGCGGUAGCCUCGCAUCGUCGCCGAUUCGCCUCGAGUGGGCCGCCGGCAUAGCUGCCCUCAACGGCUCCACCGUCGUCUCGGGCAUCCCGCUCGCGCCGCGCUUUGCGCUGGCCAUCUACGACGCCGUAGGUAAUGUCAUCACCGACAACGCGCUGCUUAUCUCGCUCGUGCUCCCGAGUAGCGUGACCACCUACGGCGGUUCGCCUGACGUGGCCGUCUCCACCACCGCCAACGUCACUUCGCUCGCCUCGCUCGCCCUCGCCGCCACAGAUCACACCGUUCUCGACACUGACGUGGUCGUCACCGCCGUGCUCAAGGUCUCGCAAGCGAAGAGCUACAUCGAAUCGACGCCCAUCGUCAUCCGCCUCGCCUCGUGCCCGGGCGGCCGUCCGCCGGUCCGCCAGCCUUCAGGUGGACUCGUCUGCCUCUGCGCCGCCAACGCCGAGCUCAUGCCGCUCGCCGCCGAUGGCUCCCUUGGCUGUGGAUGCGAGCCCGAGUUCUGGUCGCCCGCCGUUCCGGUCGCUGCCUGUGUCGUCUGCCCACCCGGCGGCGAGUGCCACGGCGGCAUCGCACGCCCGCGUGCUCGCGAGGGUUACACUCCCACUGGGAACCCGGGCUUCUUUCUCCACUGCCCCGAGCCUGAGGCCUGUAUUGGCGACGGGGCCUGUAUCGACGGCACUGAGGACCGCCUCUGCGCCCGAUGCGCCCCAGGCUGGUUCGCCCCGGGCGCUGGGCUCGGAAAGUGUAUCCGCUGCAAGCUCACUGCCACCGGUACCAUCGUCGUUCUCGCGGCCCUCGGCGUCAUCGUCGUCAUCCUCCUCGCCGCCUACAUCCUCACGCCGCGCGGCAGCAGCCGUCGCUCGCGCCACGGCUCCAUCCAGAUCGCACUAGCCAAUAGCAGCACACUGUGGGUGCGGCUGAAGGCGCAGACGGGCAAAGUCAAGACCGUGGUGGCGUCGCUAGCACUCGAGGCCGGUAUCUGCGUCCUGCUGGCGGUCUUUGGCCUCGCCGAGGCCUGGGAGGUGGUGGCCAUCGCCUGCGCCCUCAUCGCCCUCACCCUCUACACCAUCAUCGACAAGCCAAACAAGGCAGAGCAGGCAGAAGCAGCACUCAAGACCAUGGUCGUCUUCCUUCAGACCCUCUCGGUCGUCCUUGGCUCGACAGCCGCUGCCGACAGCGCCUCGUCCUCGCUCGCCACCACCCGCAACAUGCUCGAGCGGGCGAGCCUCACCCUUACCGGCAUCGGGUGCAUCGGUGCCCACCAGCUCGGCCAGUUUUGGGUCUUUGUCCUCCUCACCGCCGGCCCUGUCGUCGUCUGCCUUGUUCUUCGCCUCGUCCCCGACUACGCCGGAAAUCGCCGUCGUGCGGACCUCGCUGCAGGCACUCUUGGCUACCUCUUCGUCUUUCCUCUCAUCCAGCGAUCACUGGCCUACUUCUCCUGCGUCCCCGACCCGACUCCGGGCGUCCACGCGUCGUACCUCGACUCGGUGCCGUGGGUUGCCUGCGGCUCGCGCGAGCACAUUGCCCUGAUCGCCUCGGCUCUCACCGUCCUCCUUGCGAUUGCCGCCCUUGUCACCGUCGCAAUCACCAUCGCACGCACCGCUAUCGCUGUCGAGCGCGAUGGUGGCCACGACGAAGCCGAGCACACGCUGCCGCUGCUGGACAGCACAGGCGAGCAUCGGUCGGGUGGCCACAGCCAUCAUCACCCGCUGGCUUUUCUCUGGGAGGCCUUCCGGUCGCAGGUGUGGUGGUUCGAAGGCGUCAUUUUUGCCCGCCGCGUGGCCAUCGCCACCAUCUCGGCCGUCGUUCCCCACGACUCGGUGUUUGUAGGCGGCGGGCUUGCGGCUGUGGUGGCGCUCGCCCUUGGAGCCCACCUCCGUUGGCACCCGCUGAGCGAUAGCCGAGCCAUGCAGCUCGAGACCGCCUCGCUCGUCGCCACCCUCGUCGUCCUCCGCAUGGUGUCCAUGAUGGACGCCGCCACCGCCGCAUCAACAAUCGAAUCCCUCGCCGCCACUGUUAUUGUCGUCAUCGUCGCCAUGCUCGCCUACGCCGUCUCGGUCGUCGUCGGCUCGCUCUGA